GAGUAAGUAAAAAAGUUUGUUCUUGCUUCAGUAUUGUUCGAAGGGAAGAGAGACUAGAGAAGAGAGAGAGAGAGGGAGAGCCCUUUUAUCUUUCAUUUUCGCAGCGAGCGAGAUCAACAAUGAUGUCUUGGACGCGGGUUUGGAAGGGGAUUCUGAUAGAUCUUGUGAAGAUGGCUGUCUACUGUGGCGCGCUCUUGCUCGCUAGCGAAGGCCACCGCCGCUAUUCCUUUGCCUAUGGUCUCCUCCUCACCACUGUCGUAAUGAUCUCCGCCCAAGCGACCAAUCACUACUUGCAGGGACUCAAAGGGAAGUGGCAGGGCCCUCCUCAGCCUCUGCCGCCGGCGAAAGACGCUACUGCGGAGCCAGCUACCAAGUACUGAUUAGCUAGUCGUGUCCCGCCGUCUCCUUCGUUGUAGUAGCGAACAGCUUAAUCAAAAUUAGUAGAAGUAGCUUGUGUUGACUGUUGUUAAGAAAACUCCGACUCGUUCUCAGUUCUUAGAUCCCUCCUUAGUUGGCUAUUAAUGUUUACCUAUGUGGGUUCUUAAUCUGUUGAUGGGGUUGCAUCCAUGAACUCAGUAAUGUAAUGGCUGCCUAGCUAGCUUGUCCUCUUUGUUAUGUGGGUAAUCCUCUCCAGUUAGAUGCGUUGAUGAAAUGGC